CGUGUGGGGCCGCUUCCAGGCCGCGUACCCGCGGAAGGGCUGCACCGUCAUGGACGACGACGCGGGGAAGCUGUGGCAGCCGCUCAUGGCCAGCGGCAGCGAGGACGAGGGCGACGACGGCCACGACGAGGAGCUGGGCGGCCUGCUGCCGCGAGAAGGCAUGCGCCCGCAGUUCGACGAGGGCGCCGCGGCGCGGAGGAAACGGCGGCGCCGCAAGGACGACGAGGACCUGGGGGAGGUGUCUAGGGGCUUCUCCGUGAGCGUGGAGCCGCUCAAGCUGCUGCGCUCCGUGGGGACGUGGAUGGCGUCGCUCUCGGCCGCCGGCAGCCUGCUGGUCGGCAGCCCCAAGAGCUCCAUGCCGGCCUCGCUGUCCGCGCAGAUGCUGUCCCACAGACGCAAGCGCGAGAACAUGGACGAAGUCUCGGACCGCGCGCUGGCGGUGCUGGCCAUCACCACGCUCGGCUUCUGCUUCCUGCUGCUGCUCGUGGUGUACUCGCAGGCCGCGUGAGCUGAAGAGAGGAGAGAGGAGAGAAGGGAGACGCAAUAUGUAUCACCAGAAAAAAAACGUCGACCGAAUCCAGCCGUCUCGUCGCGCAGGCGCUGCAAUUAAUAAAAUGCUCUUGUUAUUUUUUUCUCGCG